AUGAGCGGCCGAGUUGGGGACCUGAGCCCCCAGCAGCAGGAGGCUCUGAGCCGGUUCCGGGACAACCUUCAGGACCUGCUCCCCACACUGCCCAAGGCUGAUGACCACUUCCUCCUGCGCUGGCUCCGAGCCCGGAACUUUGACCUGCAGAAAUCAGAGGACAUGCUCCGUAAGCACGUGGAGUUCCGCAAGCAGCAGGACCUGGACAACAUCCUUGAGUGGAAGCCCUCAGAGGUGGUCCAGCGGUACGACGCCGGUGGCCUGUGCGGCUACGACUACGAGGGCUGCCCCGUGUGGUUCGACAUCAUCGGGACCAUGGACCCCAGGGGCCUCCUCCUGUCAGCCUCCAAGCAGGAGCUGAUCCGGAAGCGCAUCAGAGUCUGCGAGUUGCUUUUGCACGAGUGUGAACAGCAGAGUCAGAAGCUGGGCAGGAGGGUCGACACAGCCGUGAUGGUGUUUGACAUGGAAGGGCUGAGCCUGAGACACCUGUGGAAGCCAGCGGUGGAGGUUUACCAGCAGUUUUUUGCCAUUCUGGAAGCAAAUUAUCCGGAGACGAUGAAGAAUUUAAUUGUUGUUCGAGCCCCCAAGCUGUUCCCCGUGGCCUUCAACUUGGUCAAGUCAUUCAUGGGUGAGGAGACCCGAAGGAAGAUAGUGAUUAUGGGAGGCAACUGGAAGCAAGAGCUGCCUAAGUUCAUCAGCCCCGACCAGCUGCCUGUGGAGUUCGGGGGGACCAUGACUGACCCCGAUGGCAACCCCAAGUGCCUGACCAAGGUCUGGUGCCCGGAGGAUGGGGAGGGAGGGGGAUGCCGGGGGGUGGUGCCCGCUCACCACUCUCGCCCACAGAUCAACUACGGGGGCGACGUGCCCCAGCAUUACUACCUGCACAACCACGUGAGGGUGCAGUACGACCACCAGGCGACCGUGGGCCGAGGCUCCUCCCUGCAGGUGGACAGCGAGGUCCUGUUCCCAGGCUGCGUGCUCAGGUGGCAGUACGCGUCGGACGGAGGGGACAUUGGCUUCGGGGUUUUCCUGAAGACCAAGAUGGGGGAGCGGCAGCGGGCCGGGGAGAUGACGGAGGUGCUGGCCAGCCAGCGCUACAAUGCCCACAUGGUGCCCGAGGACGGGAGCCUCACCUGCACGGAAGCCGGCGUCUACGUCCUGCGCUUCGACAACACCUACAGCUUGAUACACGCCAAGAAGAUCAGCUACACCGUAGAGGUGCUGCUCCCCGACAAGGCCUCUGAGGAGAAGAUCCAGGGUCUCGAGGACUCAAGACAGUCCCCAGCACAGUGA